UUCGUUUAGGGCUGGAAAGUGCAGCUAUGACCAGAGUAAGUUGGGUGUUGACAGUGGACAUAGACCGUAUUUGUUUCAGUUGUUAACUACAUCUCUACAAAGGGUGAGUAGUGCUGUGCAGCCGUCGUAGAAAUAGGAUGACUGCUUGCGGCUCCGACUUAGUCACAUGGUGUUUGAAUGGUCAGUCGUGGAAGCCUCAUUAUUAGUGUAUACGAGCAGACGUGUUUUAACCAGGAGCCUGCUGUCAGUGUGUGGCCACACUUUCACUGCUGACACUGGGGAUUCCCAUGUCAGCAUGCCUCACAAGAGCAAAAAAGAAAAGGACUCCUCCAAAUCUGGAAGAUCCAAGAAAUCUGGGAGUAAAAAUGGGCCUGCAGGCGACCAGGACGGCUCCAAUAAGACAGUGCCUCCUGCAACUCAGCUGAUGAGGGUAAAGCAGCCAGGGUCACAAUCGGCCGUCAAGAGGGAGAAGAGGUUCAGCACUUCCUUUUUCCCCCUCAGUGCUAACAGAGAACUACACAAGCUACCCGAGCUAGCCGAUGUGGCCCCUGCGGAACAGGAGAAGCUCUUCAUCCAGAAGCUGCGACAGUGCUGCGUUCUUUUUGACUUCCUGUCUGACCCACUGAGUGACCUGAAAUGGAAGGAAGUGAAGCGGGCGGCUCUAAGCGAAAUGGUGGAGUACAUUACCCACAACAGGAACGUCAUCACAGAGCCCAUCUACCCGGAGGUGGUUCACAUGUUUGACAGCAUAAUCAAUGGAUUUGCCUUACCACUAAAAGAAGAGCACAAGAUUUUCCUGUUGAAGGUUUUAUUGCCUCUGCACAAAGUCAAAUCACUCAGUGUCUACCAUCCACAGCUGGCCUACUGCGUGGUGCAGUUUUUGGAGAAGGACAGCACUCUAACUGAGCCGGUGGUAAUGGCUCUACUAAAGUACUGGCCGAAGACUCACAGCCCCAAGGAAGUGAUGUUCCUCAAUGAGCUGGAGGAGAUCUUGGAUGUUAUUGAGCCCUCUGAGUUUGUUAAGGUGCAAGAGCCUCUCUUCAGACAGCUGGCCAAAUGUGUUUCAAGCCCCCACUUCCAGGUGGCCGAGAGAGCUCUGUACUACUGGAACAACGAGUACAUCAUGAGCCUGAUCAGCGACAACGCAGCAAAGAUUCUGCCAAUUAUGUUCCCCGCUUUGUACCGCAACUCAAAAACCCACUGGAACAAGACCAUCCACGGCCUCAUCUACAACGCUCUGAAGCUUUUCAUGGAGAUGAAUCAAAAGCUCUUUGAUGAUUGCACACAGCAGUACAGGGCUGAGAAAAACAAGGAAAAGGCAAAGUCAAAAGAACGCGAAGAGGCUUGGCUCAAGAUUGAGAACCUCGCCAAAUCAAAUCCACAGUUCUCUGUCUAUGUUCAUUCCUCUGACCUCAAUAGUCCUGUAGCAAUGGAGACGGAUGUCCCUUUGAUAGAAGAUGUUCAGAGGUUAAAAAAGACAGUUGAGGAGGGCGCAACUCAGUUGCAGCAUGAGCAGCGGAAAGAGCGACCCAUGAUGCGACGCAAAUCGGAGUUGCCUCAGGAUAUCUACACCACAAAAGCCUUGGAGUCCCACCGCAGAGCUGAAGACAUGUUGACCACCCACGAUGGACUCUAGGUCCCACAAUCUGCUGGCUCUUGGUUCAACUAACCCUCCUACACUCUACAGCCAUGGACAUCUUUUAUGCCCGGGUGCCAGAGUUACACUGGCGAUCCAAGCUGGGCUUUCCAUCCCUCCUGUCAGUCCCCUCCCCCAGAAUACUUAGUUUUCCUUAUUCCUGCUGCUCCAGCACAGAAAACCUGUAUCCACCUCCCUCCAAUUUCUGCUUUCUCAGGUUUUUUUUUUUGUUUUUUUUUCCCUUUAUUUGAAGAGGAGGAGU